AUGACUCGAAAUAAAAGAAAGAAAAAAGAUGAUUCGAAAGAUACACUCACUGAAAGUAAAGAUUCGAAUUCAUUGGGAUCAGUAUCUUCGCCUCCUUUACAAUUUCCUGCUAGGGAGAGUAGAAGAACUUCUACUUCUACUUCUAUUUCUGAUGGUGUUGUUUCUGAUGAUGAUGUUGUUAGCGGUGCUAGUACUGCUGAUGCUGAUGCUGAUGCUGAUGCUGGGAGCUCAUCUACGCAUGGCGCGCCUGAUAGCACUUUACAACCUCAAGAAUAUAUACCAUCUUCACCAAGCGCAAUAACAGCAUCUCCAUCUCCACCUCUACCUCUACCUCCUUCUCCACCACCUCCACCUCUACCCAAAUCCCAACCUCCUCCUCCUCCACAAAAGCCCCACCCAUGCAAAAGUACCCGCCUCUGCAUCCCCAGCAAAAAACACCAAGAAUCGCAAAUCUAUCUCGAGGAAGAAAAACGCAGGAAAAGAGAGAGGAAAAUAAUUUUAAUGAGGAAAGAAAGAAGGGAAGAGAGGGAAAAGAGGGAAGAAGAAGAAGAGUGGAGGGAGGAGGAAGAGAGGAGGGAGAGGGAGAGACAGAGGUGUAAUCGGUGGAUGUGGGGGAGGAAGUGGGAGAUGAGGCGGGGAGGGGUGGGAAGCGGUGAUAAGGGGUAG